AUGUUCGAAAGCUUGACCGAGACGUUCAUGGCGCCAGCCGGCUCCAAGGAUGCCGUAGCUGUCGGUAAGCGUCCCAACCCGCUGAAGCCCACCCGUUCGGCCUCACGGUCAGACCUGAAGAACACGUCCGCCUCCUCGCCCAUUCGACCCAUGCCUCUCGCCCGCUCAUAUACCACCCCAGUCAAGUCUUCCACGGAGGACAGGGCCACCACACCGACCGAAUCGAAGAAGAAGCAUAACAUGUCGUUUUCCAGGGAGAAGGACAAGGUUGGGUCCUCCGCUUCAGCGGGGCCGGACACGUUCGAAAACGAGGACAGCGAUGAGCCACCGGAGCCGCCGAGAGCGUCGGUCGAUCUCGACGAGCUGCCCAUUGAGCUGAUUGGCCUCGCCGACAGCUUCAUCGAGAACCUCCAGGCCAAAGUGCACCCUACUCCACCCAACAUUGAGUCUCUUUCGGCCAAGUUCCAGGAAUUCUAUGGCACCGCCUCCUCCCACAUUGCCACACACCUGGCGGCCCUUGCUACACGUCAGAGCCGUGAGCUGGCGCCGGUCGUGGCACACACGCGCCCCUCAGCUGCUAGCAUAUUGCGGGCCAAGGCUGCCUCGAUCGGCGGCCGAGACAAGGCCAAGACCCCACCUCCGGCUCCAGCCAAGUCUGAGUCGGAGCAGCAGAUGAUCACGGCCGAGGAGCUGGCUGACCGCAAGCGCCAGCGACGGGCCCUAGAAGUGAAGCGGAGCCUGAUGGAAGAGGCGGUCGAACGACGGCUCUGCGAGGGCAUCUACGACCGCAUCUACCGCCACCGGUCGACGCAGGACGAGGCCCAGGACGACAAGCUCCGGUCCAAGACGGCGGCUCUGGACGUGGUCGGCAUCGGUCCAGCCGAUCUGGGCGUCGACCUGGGCGAGCUGCCCACCUUGCCCGAGGCCUUUGCGGCACGACAGAAGGAGGUCCGACAGUGGCUCGAGCCGGUGCGGAAGGAGAUUGUUCGCAUGAACUUGACACACUACCCUCUCGGCAAGCUCAAUCGGCUCAAGUCGGCGCACAAGGGCAUCGUGGACACCUUGGCCCACUUCCAUCCGUCGUCAUCGGCAGACGAGAUCAUGCCGAUGCUGAUCUACGCGCUCAUCACGCUGCCGCCCGAGCAGCUCAGCGUGGUGAGCGACCUGAACUUUGUUCAGCGCUUCCGCUGGGAGACCAAGAUCGACGGCGAGGCUGCGUACUGUCUGACGAACCUGGAGGCGGCGAUCAGCUUUCUGGACACGGUCGACCUGUCGACCCUCCGCGCCGAUGAGGCGCCAUCGGGGCCGAUGAAGGCACCGGGUCCCGAGACGCCCAAGACGGAGACCUUUCCGCCUGCAUACUUUGCGACGCAGGGACUGACGGUGUCGCCGGCCACACCGAGCACGCCCGAGGUCAGCGCGGGACAGGCCACGGCAGCCAUGGUCGAGCCGUCAGCACCGCCGGACAACGGGCUGCUGACGACGGCAGCGCCGCUGCGCAACCGGCGUCUCAGCGACCUGGUGAACACGCCGGCGGCACAGGCGCUGAGCACGGCGAGUGACGCGGUGUUGAACACGUUCAGCGCAGCCGAUCAGGGCCUGAAGACGAUCGGGAACAGCCUGGAGGGCAGCUACCGGCUCUUCUUCGGGCGGCUGCAGAAGCAGCAAGAGGGCGGCGUGGCCGGCAAGUCUGGCAGCGGAUCCGACGGCGGAAAGGAUGGCGGCAGCAGCAGUGGUGGUGGUGCCGAGGGGAACGUGGUCGUGCCCAAGACGCUGGAGGAGGCCCGGAAGCUGAUCAGCACGCCGCCGCCAGCGGGCAGCGAGGACGAGGCGUCGCUGAGCGGAGAGGAGCAAAAGGCACCGUCGCCCCAGCAACGGCAGCGGACGUCGUUUCGCCGGUCGAUGGGAGCGGGUGGCAUGGAAGACAAGCUGCUCACGAUUGUGGGCGGGCGCAAGUCGUCGGCGUCACGUGACCACAGUGCCGACAGCGCGCGCAGUGUGGCCAGCUCGCGCCGCGUGACCUUUGUGGACGACGAGGCCGGCAGCAUGACAGGCAGCACGACAGGAACAGGAGCAGCAGGAACAGGAGCAGCAGGAACAGGAGCAGCAGGAACAGGAGCAGGGCCAGGCCUCAGCUCAUUCAACCCGAUGUCGCGGUUCAGCGGCAUCGGCGGGUUUCGGGGCUUUGGAAGGGCAGCGUCGACACCGUCGGUGCCGCAGUCGGCACAUCCGGAGAAGGCAGUGGAAGGCGGAGAUCUAGCGACGGCCUUCCCCGAUCUCGCGGCUGCCCUACCUCCCAAGAUACAGGUGGCACCACCGGUCAAGCGGUUCAUGGAGGUGCACAGCGCGACCGACCUGCGGAUCAGCGAGGUGGCCGUGCUGCUGCGCGAUUACCAGCGGCUGGCAAACGCGCUCAAGGAGCUGGGCGGCUUCCGGGACGCGUAG